GUGAGAGCGUCAAGCAGAACUAUCUUUAAAAAGUGUUUACCACCUGUUUAAGUUUGUACAGCUUUGUGACUUGUGAUUAUGCUUGCAUGCUAUCGUGUACGGAACAGCGUGAAUACUUUCGUUUGACAUGCAAUGUGAGGCGUGCACUAAAUUUAAAGUUAGGUUAGGGUCGGAUGGUAAAGUAUUUCUGAUUGCCGUUCGUUUCCUUUCGUCGAAUGUAAGGGAACGAGGCAUUGUGUAUUACACGGGGAAAUUUAAUUACUUGACUUCAAGUAUCAGUUGUUCUCCAUGCGUCCAAAAUUAGGUUAAGAUGCGGGCCAGAAAAACAUUGGCCAUCUUCGGAGCAGGGCUUCUGGUGGCCUGCUGUGUAAUGAUUUACCUGAUGUUAGAUUUAACAGUUUUCCCUCAAGGCCAGAACACCAAAUUAUCAGUUAAAGAUAAUCAAUGGUUACACUUUGAAAACAGACUGGCGAGAUUGGAAAAAGACCUCAUUCGUCAGCAUUUAGAGAUGAGUGCCCUGCGUGAAGUUGCGCAGUCAAAAAAUGACUUAAUUCCUGUGGCACAGAUUGCGAGUCGUCGGAACCUUUCCGUUUAUACGACUCCCUCCCAGCAAGGAAAACCCUUGACGUGCAGUUUCAAUAUGCAAAAGGUGCCAGAAGUCGAUGUCCAAAUGCUGGAGGUGUAUAAACAUUUAGAGUUCGAUAACGUAGAUGGUGGAGUUUGGAAGCAAGGGUGGAGGAUUACGUACGAUGAGAAACAGUGGCAUCCUAAUAGGAAACUGAGAGUAUUCGUUGUUCCUCAUUCACAUAACGAUCCAGGUUGGCUUAAUACCUUUGAGAAGUAUUACACAUCUUUUACACAAGGAAUUUUAAAUAACAUGAUAACAAAAUUAAGUGAAAAUCGCAAUAGAAAGUUCAUCUGGGCAGAGAUUUCUUUCUUUAAACUGUGGUGGGACGAACAGCCAAAGUCAAAGCAUGAGUUGGUGAAACGAUUAGUCCAUGAUGGACAGCUGGAAAUCGUAGCUGGUGGAUGGGUAAUGCCAGACGAGUCGGUUUCACAUUGGAUGGCACAACUGGCACAGCUGACCGAAGGUCACCAAUGGCUGAAAGAUAAUUUAAAUUAUAUACCGACUUCUGGAUGGGCUAUCGAUCCUUUUGGACUAUCACCGACGAUGCCUUAUCUCUUGAAAAGUGCUGGACUGGAAAAUGUUCUGGUACAAAGAGUACACUAUUCCGUCAAGAAGCGUCUCGCUAAGGACAAAAGCUUAGAAUUUAGGUGGCGACAGCUGUGGGACAACGAUGGAUCAACGGAAAUGUUCACUCACGUGAUGCCAUUUUACAGUUAUGACAUACCUCAUACCUGUGGGCCAGACCCUAAAAUAUGCUGUCAAUUUGAUUUUUAUCGUCUCCCAAAUUUUGGACUUAGUUGUCCAUGGAAAGUUGCACCACGAAGCAUAACAAAGGCAAAUGUGGCUGAACGCGCUGCACUCUUACUCGAUCAGUAUCGUAAAAAGGCUCAGCUUUUUAAAACAGAUGUUGUACUGGCGCCGUUAGGUGACGACUUCCGGUACUCCCAAUUCACCGAGUGGGACGCUCAGUUUGACAAUUAUCAAAAGCUGUUUGACUACAUGAAUGGGCAUAAACAGCUGAAUGUGCAGAUUCAGUUCGGUACCCUAACCGAUUAUUUUGAUGCUAUCAGAGAAAAGCAUAAUUUGAACGAGUUUCCUACUUUAUCCGGUGAUUUCUUUACAUAUGCAGACAGAGACGAUCACUACUGGAGUGGAUAUUAUACAUCGAGGCCUUUCCAUAAGAGAUUGGAUCGCGUCUUAUUAGGAACUUUACGAGGCUCGGAGAUUCUUGCCACUAUAGCUUGGGUCAAAGGCUACGAUCAACUAGCAGAAGGAAACAUGGCUGCUAAACUGAGCGAAGCAAGAAAGUGGCACUCCUUAUUUCAGCAUCAUGAUGGAGUAACUGGAACGGCUAAAGACCACGUCGUCGUAGAUUAUGCUAAAAAGAUGAUAGUUGCCUUAAACAAUUCCGCUCACGUGCUUCAGCAGUCCGUGGCACAUUUGCUGAAGAGUCCGCAGACUUCGAUCGCCAAUACAGAGGCAAUCUAUUUUUCACUGGAUGAAAUCAGGUCUCACCACACGAGUAUAGGAGACAAGUACAUCAUCAAUCUUGGAGAAGGUAGUCCUCCGAGGAAAAUCAUAUUAUAUAAUCCCCUUCCAAGGCAACGAAUAAAGGUUCAAACUGUCACCGUAUCGACUCCAUACGUACGAGUCACCGAUCGAAUGGGAAGAGCGGUGCAAUGUCAAGUGUCACCAGUUUGGGUCGGACCUGCAGCUUUGUCAUCUGCAAAAUACGAGCUCUCCUUUCUAGUCACCGUACCUGCUUUUGGAAUUAUAACGUACUUAGUCCAUGCCUUGCACGAGUCAUCGAUACCACGCGAUGUUCACGUAGCAAACGUCACCAUUUUUAAUGUUGCGAUACCACCUCCUUCGGUGACAGGCUUUGCUCACAUCCAAGUGUUACCUUCUACGCAGGAGUUUUCCAUUACGCAGAGACCAGAACUAACUGCGACAUUUGGAAAGUCUGGACUCUUGAAGGCUCUCAGAGUUAGCAAUAUAACAUUCCCGGUCCACUUGGAAUUUGUGAAGUAUGGCACCAGAGGAUUAGGUCAAGAUAAGAGCGGAGCGUACUUAUUUUUGCCAGACAAACCGGAGCCUGAUCUCAUACCUGUGAAUAACGAUAAAAUCGUUCACCUGGUUACUGGUCCUAUUUUGUCAAGAGUAUUCAUAGAAAUGCCACACGUACGUCAUACAUGCAGUUUAUUCAACUCACCUGGGAGCGAUGGCUUAGGUUUGCAUAUCUUGAACGAGGUUGACAUUACGGAAACUCGGAACUUCGAACUAGCCAUGAGAAUUAACACUGACAUAACGUCUGGCGAUCAACUGUUCACCGAUUUAAAUGGAUUAAAUAUGAUCAGACGCCAAAGAUUCCCAAAAUUGCCCACGCAAGGGAACUACUAUCCACUAGCCGCAGCUGCUUACAUCGAAGACAAAAGAGUGAGGUUAAGUGUGGCAACUGCACAGCCAUUGGGAGUCGCUUCGAUGGCUGUAGGGCAAAUCGAAAUCAUGCAAGACCGGAAGCUGCUCCAAGACGAUAAUAGAGGGUUGGGUCAAGGCGUAACGGAUAAUUUAUUAACUAACCAUUUAUUUACGCUAGUGUUAGAGAAAAAGAGAACGUCUUGCUCGAACCCGGUACCUGCAUCGGAUCAUCCUGCCGGGAUGUUAUCCCUGGGAGGACAUUUAGCUUCCGAGGAGCUCUUGCAUCCUGUGAUGGCGUUGCAUGCUCUUCCUUCGAUACCAUUCGACUUGAAUGGUGUUUUCUCACCUCUUCGAGUGGAUCUUCCAGUGGAUGUGAAUGUGGUCAGUUUGAGAGUGUUUCCAGUGCCCGAGGGUGCAGGGAAAGGUGUCGGCAUGGUUCUGCACCGUCAAGCCAUCGACUUCUGUUGGGGUGAUGCGUCGAGAUUGGAACGAUUCAAAGUCUCAGAAAAUGGGGAAAUCGACCUGACGAAGUUCCUCGAUUACAUGAAAGACUGGACUAUCAGUGAAGCACCGUUGACGUUUCACAAUGUGGGGUCGUCAAUUAAAUCGCCGGUUAUCAAUGUGUGUCCACAUCAAAUUCUAGCAAUCUUGUUCCAUAAAACUCAGUCUUAAUGGGAUGAUGCAAAGACUAUCGGUGGCAGGUGGUGUCACCGUUCACUCAGGAUUACAUAUUUUUCAACGAGGCAACAGCUGACCGGCUGUACUUUUUAUCAACACGUUCCAAUCGUUGGACUGUAAUUCUCGUGUCUCCUCUGAUUUCUGCAAGUUUUGUUGAAAGUGUUACACUGAUUAUGCUUGUUAAGUGCUAAUCCUUAAGAGUCACGCGCACACAUACAGGAUGUGAAGAUGGUAUAUAGAAAUCGUAAUUGAAAUUGUGAUGCUAGUGUUGUACCUCUAGGUUGUGAUUGUUGCUGUAUAAUUUUCAAACAAUAGUAUUUAUGCAAUUCGAUUUUUCUAAUGGCUGCAUAGGGAAUAUUACUAUAAUUGUGAAAAGUAUAGCAGUGCGAGCUGAUUCAAUAGUUCCAUAGGUACGGAAAAGGUAUUUGACAAUUUAGCCGAAUUUUUAUACUUUCACGGUUUCUUUUAAAGAUUUAGAAACUCAAACUAACCUUUCAAUACCGAUUAUAUACAAGCUUCAAUUUUCAAGGAAAUUAUGAAAAGAUGAUGAGCAUCGUAGGCUUUCCAAAUUCAAUUUAGCAAAUCAUUAACAUAAUGAUUUAGAGUUACUAACAGUGUCUGUUCGAGAGCUUUAAUAAAGCUAUCUGUAAAUAGUGCUUGUGAGGUUUAAUGAAUAAUUGCACUAAUUAAUUGGAAACGUGUCGUAAACAAAUAAGGAAUUUCAAAGUGACCAAUUCAACCGUAAAAGAAGCACAAUUAUAAACAGCAUGGACCGAGUAUUCCAAUAUUCAGGCCACAGUUUAAGUAAUUAAUAGAAUGUUGUUCCUAAUUUACAUAGGCAAGAAACUAUUUUAUAAACCCUUCAUUAUUUCUGAUUAUAAUUAGUUGAGUUAUAAUAGCGCAUUGAAGAUACAUAAUAUUAUUGUUUUGUAGUCGUAACUCAAGUGGCCUAUUCACAUGCAGUGAUUACGUUAAAAUAACUCAAUCUUACUAUUCAAUUCAUUUUAAAGGUAAUAAAAAUGUGCAUUAAGGCUGAAUUUUAAGAAAAUUAAAUGUACAUUUAUCCUCGUCCGAAAUGAUUUGUGAGGUUGUAAAUCUUUGAUGGAUUUUCUAAGAAAUUCUAGGAAAACUAUCGCUUUCGAUGUAUUAUUAUUUUCUGUAGAUGUUAGAAUUACGGAAGAUUGAUUGACAUACUGAUCGACUGGAAGAAUUUGACUGUCCGUUCUUGAUGACAGUUUUUUACAGACUAAAUGCCAUCAAUUAAAAGACUAUAAUGAAGGCUGCUUUAAUUUAUGUGGAAGCCAUUUAAUUUAGGUUUCUAUUUUGUGAUCCCUGUCCUAAAACGCUGAGCACCUUACAUACGUAAAUACCUAAGGAACCGGGCUAAAUAAUUUUAGUUUGUUACAUAUGCCUCAAUAAAGGUUAAUUACCUUCA